AAAAUGAGCCUCACAGACAUUCUAAGCCCUUCUGAUAUUGCUGCUGCUCUGCGGGACUGCCAAGCUCCAGAUUCCUUUAGUCCCAAAAAAUUCUUUCAGAUCAGUGGGAUGUCUAAAAAGAGUAGUAGCCAGCUCAAGGAGAUCUUCCGGAUUCUCGACAAUGAUCAAAGUGGCUUUAUUGAGGAAGAUGAGCUCAAGUAUUUCCUUCAGAGGUUUGAGUGUGGAGCAAGAGUGCUAACUGCCUCUGAAACCAAGACUUUCCUGGCAGCUGCAGACCACGACGGGGACGGCAAGAUUGGGGCUGAAGGUAUUAAAUUCUAUAUAAACAGGAGAAGGUUCUAAGUGAUUUGCAAUUCCCUUUUAUGUUGGUGGUUCAUUAAGAUUCCUUGAGUGAUUUUGCUUAACGCCCUCCAAUACUGACCUGUGUCAGAUGGCACAGGUUCAUCUCUGCAACUCCUUAUGCAUGAGCAAGUAAAAAAAAAAAAAAACAACAAAAGCAACACCUGGCUGCCCUAAGGAACCUUCUCAUUGCCACUCACUGUAAAUUUCCAGCUGCUUAAAAGGAACAGAUCUCUGUUUCUCUCCCACCUGCUCUGAUGUAAGGCAGCAGGAGCACCACCCGUAGCAGCACGCACCAGGGCACCACCAGCACUGCCAUCUGCUCACCUCCAGCAGUGUCCCCCACAGAAGUGCUGCCCGCAGCGCACAGGAGCUCCCUGCAUAGCAUUCACCUUCAGUUGUGUGUAAGGAGAACAGAAUAACUGAGUGUCACCGCCCCAGAGGCUCUGUGCAUGCUGAUGGAAAUCACCCAUCAGAUGAGGAUGCUUCCUUUAGGAAGCAGCUCACUGCACCCACUCCAAGAAAUGCUGGUGCAGAUGAAUGGCUGCUCGGCACAGAAACCUCCCCACCUCCU